AUGGACAUCAAUCCCAUCUGGAUCCAGAGCUGGUCCGGCGGCAAAGAGGGAGGGGGUCAUUCUCUUGUGCCUGCCACCACAUACGUCUCACAUCCUUCAACCUCUGGAUGUGUUCCCACACCAACAGAGGAGGUUCUGCACCACACACUGAGCAUGCUGGUCCGUGAGCGGAAGAUCUACCCAACACCAGACGGAUAUUUUAUUGUAACCCCUCAGACUUACUUCAUCACUCCGAGCCUAAUCCGAACCAGCUCCAAGUGGUACCACUUAGACGAACGUUCUGCUGACCGACACCAGCAGCAGCAUCAGAACCAACAGCAGCAUCAGCAGACGCAGUGCACCUCCCCUCUCUCUGGCACCAUAACCCCGUCCACCUCUGGAGCCGUGCGCGAUCGAACACACCCAAAGUCCAGCCAAAACCACAGUGGAGGAGGUGGGGAUUCUUUUUACAACAACAGUUACCGUGGAGACGACCCCCCUAGCCACCACACCACCCUGCAGCGUCGAUCUCCCAAAGACCACCGGGAGGCGUACUCGUCCCCGCACUCCCCACAAACACCUCCUCAGCAAGCAGCAGGCAACACAGAAAAGAGUCGCAGCACCCUUGGGUUCCCCUUCAAGACGGACACGCUUACCAAACACCGAAGUGGGGGAGGAGGGGGGGGAACUGGAGAGGUAGAGAAACAGGCAGGUGGAGGAAGUGGUACAGGAAGUCGGAAAUUUGGUUUGAAGCUGUUCCGUCUGAGCUUUAAGAAGGACAAGACCAAGCAGCUGGCCACCUUCUCUGCACAGUUCCCCCCAGAGGAGUGGCCGCUCCGCGACGAGGAGGCACCCAGCCAGCUGCCACGCAAUGUAGAGAUGGAGAUCAUCCGCCGAAUCAACCCUGACCUCACUGUGGAGAACCUCGCCCGGCACACAGCGGUCAUGAAGCGCCUCGAAGAAGAGCGUGCGCAGAGGAGCAAAGCGUCAUCAGCCAAUCAGAGCUCCAGGAGUAGGAGAAGCGGGGGUAGACACAGGAAGCAGUCUCAGACCAAACUCAGCCGCUCGCAUAGCAAGACGAGAGCGCCCCGCGGCGAGCCCGCCGAUGGUUCCCACCUGGAGCUGGCCGACAGGGACUACAGAGCCUACUCGUCCUCACUGGCUCGGUCACCGAGGGAACAUGCCCUGGCCAUGGAGAGGCAACGGGCCCGCCUUCACCUGGCACAUAGCAACCCCAACAUCCUCGACUCUUCCCACCUGCCUGUCACGCCAGAGUGGGAUGUGUCCGGAGAGCUUGCCAAGCGGCGCACAGAAAUGCCUUUCCCCGAGCCAAGCCAUGGCCCAUCAGCCCACCACUCCAAAGUCCACCGCUCACACUCCCACACCCAGGAGAGGAAGUCCAGGAACGAGCGCAGCGACAAGGCAAAGGAACGCUCCAGGUCCAUGGACAAUUCCAAAGGACCACUUGGAGCUGGGAUUAUUGGACCACCUGAUUAUUACGACGACCGGAGCCGUUACUAUACUGACGAUGGCACCCUGCGAGCCAAUCAGAGCUCUUCUCACUACUCUCGUGCCACCCCUCCUUCAGCUAAACUGCCUGUGGAUUCUCUGGGGUUGGAUAGCGGCAGGAGUUUAGAGAAGAGUAAGAGCAGGGACAGCCUGCCGGCAUACUCGCCCAAACCACUACCCAUCGCCGUCCCUCCUGAUGAUUACUUCCAAUGCGCUGGCUCCUCUGAGGCUGCUCUCACAGCAGCUAACCCGCUGGGAACUCUAGGCAAAAGUAGCCAUGAGGGAUUAAAACUAGGCAGCGCCGACAGACAGACACCCCAUCCUCUAGAAAGUAAGGAGGACUUGUCAAAGGUGGGACCUAAGGGUGGCAGCCUGCCUCCAAUACCCCUGUCUAUCCCUGACCCCCCCCUUCCUAAUGGAAGACCUCCCCACAGUGGCUCCUCUGGUCAGGAGAAACGUAAGGAGAUCUUUAGUAAAGACACACUCUUCAAACCUCUUCCCAGCCUCCCUUUGCCAGGCUACAGCUCCCUGAGAAAACCCCCAGCCCUCACCUCCUCUCCUCUGUCCUCAUCCUGCGAUGCACUUGAUUCCCAGGAGGCCUUUGAUGCUCCCAAACCUCUGGUGGCCACACCGUCCAUUCCCCAACAGGGCAUUGAACCCACUACCAGUGCUGCAGAGGCCUCCUUUGACUACUACAACGUCUCAGACGACGAUGAACUGGAGGAGGGGGGGAACAAAAGUCGAGGAGAGGACGAAAAGGCUGGAGGAGGUGUCGGGAUGGGUGGAGGUGGAGCAGGGACCAUGCAGUGGCUAUUGGAGCGAGAGAAGGAGAGGGAUCUACAGAGGAGGUUUGAAAGAACCCUCACCUUCCCUGGUGCUAAAGAGAACCUUCCAGAGCCCAGUCAGAACCAGCAGUCAGCCCACUCUGCUAGACUUGACAGUAUGGACUCCAGCUCCGUCACUGUUGACAGUGGAUUCAACUCACCACGAACAAGGGAGAGCCUAGCGUCUAACACCUCUUCCAUAGUGGAGAGCAACCGUCGGCAGAACCUGGCGCUGAGCCCCGGCCACCUCGGCAUCACCACCGGCACCGCCACCCCCUUCUCCUUCCGCGCCAUCCCAGAACCUGCCGGCACCCAACCGGAGAAACUCCAGAAGCCCAGCGCUUGCCUUGCGUCAAUCACCAGCGUCUAGGGGAGGAACUACUGUAAGAACUGGGUGGAGCCCCGGGAACCUAUGGAGAGGGGCCAGAAAAUAAAAGUCCCACCCCCAAGGACUGUUACAUCUUUAGACUGACAUCAGUGGAGCUGCCACAGGCCCACUGUGGAACUAUAGCUAUUAACACACACACACGAACAGAGAGAGACAUUUAGACCACCAGGAAACUGCUCUGUCGCUCUCACACA